AGUGCGGAGGGGAGGCGAGAGGCAUCAGCGCAGGCUGGAGAGCGGAGGCGAGCGGGAGGCCGGGCAGGCGAGGCCUUGGCCAGCGGGAGGAAGGAAGGAGGAGGAGGAAGAAGAAGAAGAAGAAGAGGAGGAGGAGGAGAGCCACUCUCAGAGGCGGCGGCAUCGCGGCGAAGGAUGUGGACGAGAAGGAAGAGCUGACCCUGCUCAAUGUUGCCGCCGCCGCAACACUGAGGAGUGAAGUGUCGCUCCUGCUCCUCCUUCCUCCUCCUCUUCCUCCUCCUCCUCUUCUUUCCUUCCCCCGCUGUCGCUGAACCUGCAUCGAGCCCAACAUUAAGGAGAUAGACAGGCAUCCCAUCUUCCUUCCUCUCUGUCUCUCUCUGCGGGCUCUGUUGUUGUUUGGCUGAGGAGGAGGAAGAACAAAAAGGCAGCGACGAAGGGGAGGGAAAGAAGGAAGGAAGGCAGGAGGGAGGGAAGGAAGCCCACGGCGCCUUCUCCGUCUCCUUUCCCCUCGAAGCUCACUAUGAGCUUACGCGCCUUCCGCACUGCAAGCCGGGGGGAUUUCGCGCAUCAGUCGCGGGUGUUUGUCUUGCAAGCCUUGCUUUGGAUUUUAUGUGCCGCCGCCGCCGGGUGCAGAGCCGAGCAGUAUUUCAAUGUAGAGGUGUGGUUACAAAAGUACGGCUACCUUCCACCAACUGACCCCAGAAUGUCGGUGUUGCGCACUGCAGAGACAAUGAAAUCUGCAAUCGCUGCCAUGCAGCAGUUCUAUGGCAUUAACAUGACAGGAAAAGUGGACAGGAACACAAUUGAUGAUAUCACCUUAAGCUGGAUGAAGAAGCCUCGUUGUGGAGUGCCUGAUCAGACGAGAGGCAACUCUCGAUUUAAUAUUCGUCGAAAGCGAUAUGCAUUAACAGGACAGAAGUGGCAACACAAACAUAUCACUUACAGCAUAAAGAACGUCACUCCAAAAGUAGGAGAUGCAGAAACCCGCAAAGCUAUUCGCCGUGCCUUUGACGUGUGGCAGAAUGUAACCCCUCUGACGUUUGAGGAAGUUCCUUAUAUUGAACUGGAGAAUGGCAAGAGGGACGUGGAUAUUACUAUCAUUUUUGCAUCAGGUUUUCAUGGAGACAGUUCUCCCUUUGAUGGAGAAGGAGGAUUUUUGGCUCAUGCUUACUUUCCUGGGCCAGGAAUUGGAGGAGAUACUCAUUUUGAUUCAGAUGAACCAUGGACGUUGGGAAACCCUAAUCAUGAUGGAAAUGACUUGUUUCUAGUUGCAGUUCAUGAACUGGGGCAUGCACUAGGCUUGGAGCAUUCCAAUGAUCCUACUGCCAUCAUGGCUCCAUUUUACCAGUACAUGGAAACAGACAACUUCAAACUACCUAAUGAUGAUUUGCAGGGAAUCCAAAAGAUUUAUGGUCCACCUGACAAAAUCUCACCACCAACAAAACCUCUGCCAACAGUGCCCCCACAUCGUUCUGUCCCCCCCGUCGACCCACGAAAGAAUGACAGACCCAAACCUCCCCGGCAACCCCCAGGAGACAAGCCUCCCUAUCCUGGAGCCAAACCCAACAUCUGUGAUGGAAAUUUUAACACUCUUGCUAUUCUUCGCCGGGAAAUGUUUGUUUUCAAGGAUCAAUGGUUUUGGCGUGUCAGAAAUAACAGAGUAAUGGAUGGAUACCCCAUGCAGAUCACCUACUUCUGGAGAGGACUGCCCCCAAGUAUUGAUGCUGUUUAUGAAAACAGUGACGGGAAUUUUGUAUUCUUUAAAGGUAACAAAUUCUGGGUCUUCAAGGACACCACACUCCAGCCAGGGUAUCCUCAUGAUUUGAUAACAUUGGGGAAUGGGAUUCCACCCCAUGGGAUUGAUUCAGCAAUUUGGUGGGAGGAUGUUGGGAAAACAUACUUCUUCAAAGGAGACAGGUACUGGAGGUACAGUGAAGAUAUAAGGACUAUGGAUGCUGGUUACCCUAAACCAAUCACAAUUUGGAAAGGUAUCCCAGAAUCACCUCAGGGAGCCUUUAUCCACAAAGAAAAUGGCUUCACAUAUUUUUACAAAGGCAAAGAAUACUGGAAAUUCAACAACCAGAUGCUCAGGGUGGAACCUGGAUAUCCCAGAUCCAUCCUCAAGGAUUUUAUGGGCUGUGAUGGACCAGCAGACCGGGACAAAGACCGACAUAGCCCACAAGAUGAUGUAGACAUUGUCAUCAAACUGGACAACACAGCUAGCACUGUGAAAGCCAUAGCCAUUGUCAUUCCCUGCAUUCUGGCCCUGUGCCUACUUGUUUUGGUUUACACUGUGUUCCAGUUCAAGAGGAAAGGAACACCCCGCCACAUACUGUACUGCAAACGCUCUAUGCAAGAGUGGGUGUGAUGUAGGUUAUUUUUCUCUCCCAGGAGUUUGUGGAAACUUGAGAUUCAACAAAAGAGCUGUUAUGCGGUUUCCUACCUAGGAGCAGGCAUCUGUCCGCCUCAGCCAGGGCUGAUUUUUGAAACCCAGGGGGCUGCUUGCCCUGCACAAGAGUGAGAGUUCACUCCAGUGGGAAGCUUGCAUCGUACACAGUAUCUGCCGUUCCUCCAGUCCUUUGUCUUUCUUUGCCAUUCGGUUCUAGCCUUUCCUCUGCACGCUCAAUACCCAAUGGAAAACUAUCAGGAUUUUCAUAAAGAGGAAGUGUAACACUAAAAGCAAGGAGAAUCUCCAGUGUUUCUGUUGGGGAAAUCUAUCUUCCCCCUUAAAGCCUGCUCCCCUUUGAAAGCAUUUUGCGUGAGAUUUUUUAAAAAAGAAAAAUGUAAUCAAUUUUUUUUAAGAAAGAAAAGAUUCAGCAACUAUAAAACAACAAUCACAAUGGAACUUUCAGGAAGUAUGAAGACCCAAAACAGCUUUGUCUCCAAAGAGGAUUGCUUUCUGUCAGUUAAGUUUAUAGUCCUACACUCCUACAUUUAAUUUUUGUCAAGUGGGAGACCAGGAUGACACACAGGAACUCAGACUGUUUGGACAGCCAUUUUCCAACAAACAAGGGGCCAAAAUAUCUGCAAUAUAGUAACAGCCUUAAUGAUACAUUCAUUUUGUGUUUUAUACAGCCGUUCUGAGCUAUGUCCUCAAUGUUUUAACACAUUUAUAUUCAUUACUAUAUUCAGAUAGUACUUUUUUAUUGAUUGGUUUAGCUUUUUGUUGGUUUCAUUUCCUCCUCCUCCCCCUCCUCCUAACCCAUUUUUAAUUUUUCUUUCCUUUGAGCUGUACCAGAUUAGGCCUUCCAUUGGUCUAUCAGGAUCACAUAUUUUGAAACCUUAAUAGAAAGCAGCAAGUCCCUGAAGAACAAUGCAGUGAAUUAAAGUGACAAUGUUGUAAAGAAACGUAAUUCUAGUACAGUUUGUUAUUGGUGACCCUUUGAGAACUACAGGCUCAUACUGCUUAUCCUAAAAAGACUGAAAUGCUUCAUUCAUAGAGAUUCCAAUUUCUGGGGUUCUUAUCUCCUAUGAUUCCAAGUAAAGCCCUGCUUUGGUACUGGUGGUCCAUAAACCAUAUCAGAUCUGGAGAACUUCUCCUUCCUUUCUUUUCAACACCAUUGCCUUCUGUGCCCUUCUUUGCUGCUUUCAGUGGCUAUAUGCACUGUAGUUUUGUCUGCCUCACAUCUAUAUGGCACUGCAUGGUGCCAUAACUAAAUGGCAGCUGGGACAUGUUUAACAAUGUGAAUUAAGAAUGGCAGGCACACAGGGCAGCUGUAGCUCACGUGGAUAUUUUUGUGAGUCUAUUAGUCCAUCAUGCAGGUGAAGUAAUAGAGAAAUGUGAUUAGGUUUUAUUUUUAUUGCAAUACCAAUAAGAAUAUAACAGAAGCUAAUAAUGUUUUUGCCAGUUGUUUUCUGGAAUUCAUUUUUAAAUAAUAAGUUGUAGCUUUCAGAAUUUUAAUUUUAUAGUGGACACUUGUCAGACUUGGGCAAAAUACUCCAGUAGUUCUGUACUUUUUUUCUCCCAUCACCAUUGAUCUCAUAUGUUGGUAUUCCCUCCAGGGGCCAAUGAAUAAACACCUCAUUUCCCUCAUUCUGUUGACAAUGUACAUGCUGAAUUUUUUAGAACACUACCAAUGCAAACAAACAGCAGUACUCACGAUAGGUGACAAUUUGAUGAUUAAAAGUGACCUUCUAUUUGGUACUGUGUUUAUACAACUAUGUACAGAGCAUUCCUGAAUUCCAGUGACCAGACCUGAAUAUAUUGCUAAUGUUAAGACGGCUUUGCUUUUUUAGCAUUGUGGCAGAUCUCUAUAUACACUUUUUUCAAUGUUUUGUUGCACUGCAAAAACCUGUUCAUUAGAAAUGGUGGCAUAACAAAUGGCAUUACCAAUAUUCUACUCCAGAAAACCAGGUUCUUGUCAUACAUUAUUCAAUUGUCAUGAAAACUUUUGUUCUUCCCCAACUUAAAUGAAUCAAGAGCCUAGUAUUUGGAUCUGGGGCCAUGUGCAGGUAUUGCCUAAAACUGUGGCUUAAUUUUUUUUUUCAAAAAAAUUUGCUAUGUGUGGUUUUUUGCAUGGUUUUGCAUUUGUCUUGGAAUAUGGACACAUGCAGGUGCCAACCACAAUUCGGUGAGAACUAGAAAGCAACAGACCUGACAUGGGUGUUUUUUCUGCCCUCCCCCCUAAGUUUUGCCAUUUGGGUGUUUGCCUUAGUUCUCAAAGGGUCAGAGAGACCUCUGGCAUUUAGCUGUGCAUUAUAUCACUGUCAGAAUCAAGGGACCACCAAAGCAUUGUUUCAUCAUGUGUAAUUUUGUGCUAACAGCAGUAUUGUCAUUUUCAUGUGACCUGCAGAGCAGGUUGUGUAUUAAUUUUUUCCCCUAGAGAAACGUCAGCAACUGACAGACCUCUUCUAUUGAUUUUAGGAGCUGCUUUUUGCAGUGACAGGCUUUUUUUAACAGUCACUGGGCUGUGAAUUUAUUAAAGGUGUUCAAAACGAAUGCACUCCACCAGUCAGAUACCUGGCUUUUUAUGAAAGUUGGGAUUCAGGGGAGUAGUUUUGAAACAAUGAACAGCUUGCCUUGAACUUUAUUGAUCUGUUGAUUGUCAUUACUGAGUUAAACAUAGUCUUCUGUGAGAAAACCCUCCCCAAAUCUGUUACUGUCUGAAUUUCCUUACUGUGUACUAUUUGAUGUCUUUGCUCUUUGACCUUUAACUUGCAAACUGGCACAAGCUCAAUGGGAAAUCUGGUGUUGCUAAUCCAUUUGGAUUGGACCAAGACUUUUACAAUAACAGCAGGCCUAUUAACUGUUGUCUCGACAUUCACCUAUUUUGUUAGAGAAGGAAGGACAGUGAGUUCAGUAUACUAAGGACCUUCCCUUCCCAAACCUGAUGAACAUACAUAGGCAGCACACAGCAUCCUUCUUGCUCAGCUCCUGUUUAUCUCAUUGGGGGAGAUACGGGAAAAUUUCCCAGUGGAAUGUGCCCAAUCUUUGUAGUGGUUCCCAGGAUGGAAAACUUGCUAUGUACAUGCACACUCUAAAAAUGAACUACAGUGGAGUCAAUUUUCUAUUUAAUGUUGGUUGAAUUUUCUGUAUAAAACCUGUCCUUACAACAAGUGACUCAUAAGUAAUGAUGACAUUCUAAAACACACAAAAAUACUAAAGUACUUGAAAACAGCCAUCAUUGGCUUUUAUGUCAAAGUUUUUUUAUACUAGAUUGUGACAGUUUCUUACUGAUUUCCUAAUCCACAUAAAUGAAUCAUUUUUAAGAGAGUGUAAGUAUAUAUGCAUAUAUUAUUUUUCGGUAAUGAAUAGCUCAACUGCCUUGAAUUUAUAUUUAUAUUGAGCAUAGCAUGACAAUUAGUAUGCCUUUUUUUCAAUGAAACAGGACUUGGGGUUGUUGUUUUUUUUAUUUUGAACGGAGUGUUUUAUAAUUAUGUGAGGCAUGCUAUACAGCAGUGCAAAGUGAGGUUUUUGUUCCAGAAAAAUGGAUGGAUUGAUAGAUAACAAAGUUGAAUAGAAAUGGGUUGUUUGUAUUUCUACAAAUGGCACUUCAGCACUCCUUACAGGUACAAAUUGCAUCACUAAGAGACUGUUGCAUUAUCUUGGUAUAUCUGUUUCAUUUGGUGCAGGCAUACAGUAGUUGAAUACAUCUGCAAGCAUGGGAAAAUGCUUAAGCUCUCCCCCAAAUUACUUACAAAUAAUGACUAUGGUCACAAUUUUGUUUGAAGCAGGAAACUAAAACUGUGUUUUGCUACAAUCUAACAAGAUCCUACAAUUUUAUUUUAUUUUUUGCCUCCCAGUGCUGUCCUUUCAGGACAUGAAAUUAAGACUAACUUAAUUAUCCUGCUUUGGUCAUAUUUCAGGGUGAAUCCACAAGACAAAAAAAAAAACCAUAAGCACUUGUAUAGAACAAGAAAAGGCUACAGCUUUAUUGGUCAGUGUAAAUAGGUUUGGCCCAAACAAAUGGGUCCCUGAUACAGGCAUCAGCCAACCCCCUAGUUGAUUGAUGAGCCCAGUACUCUGGUGCACCACUGGAAUCCUUGGAAUGACAGCAAAGGAAUCCUGUGGGCAUAAGUUUACAAGUGAUAGGCCUCCACUGUCUUCAGUGGGGUGCUGUAAGGUGUCUGCCCCUGUAGCUGGGGCAGGCCAACUACCACACAUCUAAUCCAUGUUUUGGAUCAAAACUCAUGCUAACUGCCCCCCCACCCCCACCCCACUUAUAACAAUACAGAAACCAUACAUUGCAACAUCCAUUUGAAACUAGAACAAUUGUAAUACAGGAUGAGUGGGAUGGCAUUCAGAAAACAACUUCUGAGUGUUCACUUGAGGAAAAGCCUAUAUAACCAACAUUACCCAAUCUGAAUGAAGUCUACACCAGGCCAUUCUGAUCAGCCCACUAAUCAAUGAGAUGAAAGCUCUCUAGUUUAAUCCCAUUGGCUGUCAAUUCCCACUUUCCCGUACCCUGAAUGAAUCCCUGAAAAGGACACACCACACUACCAAGGAGAUGGAGGGAGGUGUUUUUCUUUCCACUUUACCUAAACAACAUCUCUCAGUGAGUCAUGUGGCUUGCUUUUACUGUUGCCAAAAGGCUAGUUCAAAACUUAGGGCCCUUCCAGACAGGCGCUAUAUCCCAAGAUCUGAUCCCAGGUUUUCUAUUUAUCCCAGAUUAUCUGGCAGUGCAGACUUAUAUAAUCCAGUUUAAAGCAGAAAACGUGGGAAAAGAUCCUGGGAUAUAGGGCCUGUCUGGAAGGACCCUUAGUCGUGCUUUUAGAAAACACUGUUUUGUGGGUUUUCCUCCACGUAUAACUAGGCCUGGAUCCAACCACUAAAAUUAUGUUUAGAAAAUCCAAGGCACAAUGAAUGUUGAAAUUGCAUGUAAAUUUGACAAUCCCAGACACAUUUUGUGAAUGGUCAAAACUCAGGUACACCAAUGGAUGUUGAUGUCACUGACAGAAUUCACUGAUCUGAAGUUAGGAAAAAAGACCUAUUUUUGGAUAUUUACAAAAGGAGUGAAUGUCAGUGUCAACAUUCACUAUGUAUUUGAUCUUCAUUGUGGCAUGUAUAUUACUCUUACUAUGAGAAUAAGGCAACUGUAUUUUUAUUCCUUCAUUCACUUGGAAAAUGUAACUUUGCUUUCAAAGUCUGUCUCUUGGUAACGUAGGAUAUCAGUACAAGCAUUCUUGGAAGGCAACUAAGAAGCUGAGUGUGUUGAUGGUUUUUCUUUUUAUAAAGGAACACAAGCAUUUAUAUUUGAAGGAUUUAACAUAUGGUAUUAUGCAGGAAGAUAAAUGUAACAUGUAGUACUUCAUUUAAGGUGCAUCAUGGCUAAAGUAUAUAUUCAUGUAUAAAUCUAGAAAUUUGUCAUCAGAAAGUUGAACUAAAAGCCUUGGGUCAACUUAUUAAUGGGUCAGUGUAAGUACUUCAACUGUUAUCAAGAAAGGAUCCUUCCCCCUUGAUUAGAAUGGUGAAAAACAAGAGCUUAGACCAAUGGUUCUCAAUCUGGGGUCCCCAGAUGUUUUUGGCCUACAACUCCCAGAAAUCCCAGCCAGUUGUUAGGAUUUCUGAGAGUUGAAGGCCAAAAGCCUCUGGGGACCCCAGGUUGAUAACCACGGGCUUAGACUGUCCUGGGAGAACCAAAAAGAAGCAACAGCCCCCUCUGCUCUCUUUUCUGAGGCACCACUUCUGGCCUUUUUGAAUACCUGUAUGGGAAAAUAUCAAUAGUGGCAGCCUAGGUGGCUGGUCUCUUGAGAUGGCAUUGGUGCUUUUACCAUUUGUAUUGCCUUUGUGAGAGUAAUUUAUACAUGAGUAUAUAAAGUAUACGAAUGCAUAAUUAAUUGAUCUAAAGGUCAAUUAUAUAUUAUAUGGAGAUAAAAAGUAAAUUGGGAAAAAGUGUGGGCAUACUUUCACCAUGGGGGUUGAAGUUAUGCCAGCAUUUGUAUUACGGAUUUCUUUAUUGCUAUCCUUUCAUAAUUUCUCCCAGAAUCUUGUACAACAUGUGUUGAAACUAAAUUGAAAGUGUCCAUGUACAUAUGUGUGCAUGUACAUGUGUGUGCAUUUUAGUAAGCUCAAAAAUCAAGGAAUUAAUUUCUUGGUUGAGAUAUUAAACUCCCACAACAAUGACAACCACAAGCAAGAACCUUACUAGAGUAAAAUCUGACAAUCACUUAGCAUUUGGUCAAAAAUUUGUACCAGUUCAUAUUUUUAAGGCUUAUUAUUUCAGGAAGAGUUUGGUGACAAUCUUAACAAGGAUUUCCAAUUUUAGCAUUUACAAAAAUGAAUAAAAAUACAACAUUACAUUGUGGAUACAUGCCCAUAUAUAGUAGCAAAUGACACAAUAUUUUAAAUAAAAACAAAACAAAAGAGUCUUAUAGCUCCUUUAAAGCUAAAAGGUUUACUGUGGCAAGAUUGCCUACCACCUGCUUCAUUAGCUGUGCAAAGCAGAAAAUGGCAACAGUUCCGUUUAUAUGUGCAAUACAUUGGAUCAAUAGAGUGAAGUCACUAUUAAUAAAAAGACCCAUGUUCGUAUUGUCAUCAUCCACAUUGUUGGAUCAGUGCAAUACAAAAAUGCAAAUGUUACCUAUCUACUACACUGUAUCAAGACAUUUAUUAUUUGAACAGCACUUUUUGCCAUAAUCAAGCAAAGAAACAUUUUUGAAUUAACCAUUUUGUGUGUAUGUGUGUUGAAGUACAUCUGUACAUGAUAACUUUACAGGCUGAAACACACAAAAGCAGAGAUUUAGAUGUGCAUACACUUUAACAUUCCUGGCCUUUGCUAAACUCAGUUUUUUUCAAACCCCAUUGGAUAAAUGGAGUGUAAAAGUUUUUAAUUUUGUUUAGUUAGUGCCACAAGAUUUCAAAGUUGUUGAUUUCUUAUUAAAGAAAUCAGAAAAAUAAAUGAAAUGUUCUUGUCCUACCUUAUUGUUUAAUACAUGGAAAUAACGUUACACUCAAGAAAUUAUCCUUUAAUGGGACUUGGAUAUACAGUUAGCUUCAUAAUCCUUGUCAAUUUCAUAUUUGUUAUAUGUAAUUUGGAGCUCACAGUAGGGGGAAGUGUAGAUUUUGAACCAAAUAAUAAUUAUGUGGAUUUCAUGAAGACAUUUCAUGGCAUAAUCCACAGGCUAGUAAAGCUGGAAAACAUACUUGACACUUAAGUUUACUGGACCUAAUCAACUGAAGUAGGAAAAACGACUCCUUCAUUCACAGGCUAGGCAUUUGAUUUAUUUCCUACAAAAUACGGUUGAUCUAAUAAGGCAUGAUUAAAUUCACCUCUAAGGGGGAAACAUGUUUGCCAUGCUUACAAAAUGUCUCAACGCUGUUAUAUUAUUUUGCCUUUUCUAAGUAUUUAACUGGGAUUUUUACUCUUUCUACUUACCAGCAUAGCCCCAUUCAUUGCCCUUGAAUAUCAAGAACCCAGAUGGUAGAAUAUGAAUCUGGCCUUUCAUUCAGACAGUGACUUGCACCCAAAUAAGAGAAAGAUAAAUAUGCACUGCCAGAUUGUUUGCAUAUUGCAUCUUAGUAGUUAUUUUGUCCCCACAAGUGAUGCUGAAGGCACUGUUCUCUACAGGGAACAAUGUCCUGAUUAAAACACUUGAAAACACCCAGUUCCAAUAAAACUAGCAUUCGUUUGCACAGGUGCCUUUCAUUUUUAUUAUAAAGCAAUUUGAUAAUUUGCUUCCCAGUAUUUGUUGCUUUGUAGAAUUCUUUAAUAGCAUUUCUGUGUGCUCUCCUGCUACAUAAAACAUGGAGCUGGGUUUGAACAUCACACAGUUCUCUUGGACAUACUCACAAGUGAGUCUGGAAUUGCCCUGUUCUUUAGUCUGGCAGGUGAGAGUCUUUAGGUGGUGGGAUUAUCUUGUGUUGCCGUGCCUCUUCCCCUUCUGCUCUUUUUUCCAUAUGUCUGCUAGGCUCUCCAGCUGAAUAAUGCCUCUAUAGCCCAUAGUGAGUUUAUAAGAUCUGCUACAUGUUAACAGUCUUCAGGACUGUAGUUUUGUAAAGUUGCGGGGUGAGCUUAUAAGUUUUAGAUAGUCAUUUUAUUACAGGAAUAGAAGUGCAAUUGCAUACAGGAGCCAUGUGGAGUUUCAUUGCCAUGGCUGAAGCAUAAUGGCAGAUCUAGUGAUCAUUUCCAUGACCAUUACAGUUUAGACAUAUUCAAGUAAUGUGGACAUUUUUCCUAUAUGUUUUGGCUAGGUCCUCUUUAACCAUUCUUUGAAAUGAAAUCUUGGUCUAGCUCCAGUUUUUUUCCUCACCAGAAAAGCGUGUUCACAAAAUGUUGGCUGCUGGUUCAUGAAAUCAGUCAUAUUCAAGCUUUUGGGUGAUUUUCUGCUUUUUAGCCUUCAGUGUUUACAGUAAGUAAUGAGAAGCCUCUUUUGAUUCCAGAGCUGGACUUCAAUAUUUGAGCAACUGGGACUUUGGAUAGGUUGUGAACAUUUUUGUCCAAGAAUCUAACCUAACCAAAUCUUAUGAUCAGACAGCAAUGACCAAAAUGGCAAUUGCCAUUUUAAAGGGAAAGGAAAGGCAAAUCAAAGUGAAGGAAACCAGGGUGGGUAAUUCUGGGAGUGAUAGUUGGAAAAAUGGAUGUUAUCUAUUCAGCAUCUCUCUUCCUAAUUGUGUUCCAUAAUUGUUUUUCCCUGGGUAGAUUCAAAUAUAUGUUUGACUUUGCAAAUGUAAACAUGACGUCAAGGAGACCUGCAAAGAGAAUAAGGCAGAUUGAACAACCAGUGCAUAAGGAAAGGAUUCAACUUUUCACUGAUAGUUUACUUGCUCAAGCUUUCUUCCCAGUGCAAACUUUCUCUAAAAACAUGCACAAACAUACAAACACAUUUUGUUAACAUUUUUUUGACAGCAAAUGUCCAUUAGGCACAAGAUGCAGUUAAGAGCAAUGAAAAACAAAUGGAAUCCUAUUGAUGGGUUCAGUUGUAUGUGAAUUACAUUUUCAGUGAAUCUUAUACACUGAAUUAUAUUCAGGACUCUACUUGCUGUGAUUACAAUAUAUCUAGCACAGGGCUCGAGUAUGUUAUUGGUUCUGACUGCUAUCAUAUAUCAAUUAGCAGUGGGAAAAUUAAAUCUUUAUGUAUACCACAUCCACACUUAGAUUUGAUGUCUGAUUUUAGUUUACUCCUUUAGUUAAAGGCACAAUGAGCCACAGGGUUGGAUAUUAGAGGUGUGUAGCCCUUCAUCCAACAUGGGUUAGAACAUUCCUAAGUAACCUAAUACAGUCUGAGUUGCUAUGAUGGUCCUGCUGUAUGGGUCCUUUCAAAGGAGUAAGCAGCAUACAAUUGUGUUUAGGCAACUUAUUCCAUUUCCCCAUGUUUGUAUUCAUUAAUAUUUUAUUCCACCAUUUAGUUCACAGAACAGUGUGUUAAAGAAAGACACAUAUUUCCAGGGCCGCAAUUUCUUUUAUGUUAUGUAUUUGUUCCUUAAAUUUUAUGUUACUGUAUGCCUCCGACAGCAUUCUCUGCAUUAAUAUUUUUAAAUAAAUUGCAUUUUAUUCUUUCAAGUAUUUUCUAUGGACAAACACAAUGCUUGUUUGUGUGCAAAAGCAAGGCUGACUAAAUGGUGCUAAAGUGUAUAAUGACCGUCAGAUAUAAUCAGGCAAAAUAUUUGGGGUGCUUAGACAGAUACUUUUUCAUAGUUUCUUUUUUGUUGAUCAAUGCAUUUAACAGUGUUUUAUUAUACACACUUUCUUUUUAUUAGAAAAAUCAAAACCUCAUAGUGCACUGUUAAAGGAAAAUGGGGUAAUUAUUCUAUGUACCAGCUCACCAAGCUAUUAUUGUUUAAUUCCUUAUAAGUUGCAUAAUUAAAGGUCAAGGGGUCAUGAUAUUAAUCUCAUUGCUGUAGAACAUUAACAUAACAAAACAUUUUUCAACAAAAUACUUAUGUUUACAAUAGUACAAUAACCCUUUGACUGCUGUGGCAACCUUUAACCACAAAAUAGAAGUGUCACAUGCUAGAAUCGUCUUUUUGGUUCUUGUCCUGGCAAUCAAAGAGUUAAGGGCUGUGCAGUGAAAUUUGAUUUCUAUUUAUUAUUUUCUAUUUAUUUUUUAUUUUGUUUCAUUUUCAUUUGAGGAGGGGGUUGGGGUGGGGCAGUUCUUGUCUGCUGUAAGUGUCUUAACCAAGGGAAGGGUUAAAAUGGCUUUUUUUAUAAAAAAAAUACUAUCUUAUGUACUUACCAUCAUUUCAUUGUGUUGUAAUUAAAAACAAACAAAGGUGUCAAUAAACAAAAGAGCAGAAAAAUGUUUCAUAAA